AUGCCUGCCGAGAUCCCAGACGCCGACCCCGAUGAGCCCGUCGAGACCAAGCCCUUCAAGUUCGUGACUGCUGGCUUCGACGCCCGUUUCCCCAACCAGAACCAGACCAAGCACUGCUGGCAAAACUACGUUGACUACCACAAGUGCAUCAACGCCAAGGGAGAGGAGUUCAAACCCUGCAGACAGUUUUUCCUUGCUUACCGAUCUCUCUGCCCCAAGUCCUGGACCGAUCGAUGGGACGACCAGAGAGAAGCCGGCAACUUUCCUGCUCGCCUCGACCGAUAG